AAUAAUAAAGAAAAGAAAAAGAAAGGAGGGUCUUUCUCCAUUGCCCGGGUUGGACUCCUAGGCUGAGGGGAUCCCUCUCCUUCCCAAUAGCUGGGGCUACAGGAGUGCGCCACCACGCCCGCCUGGCUCAAUUCCUGCUCCUUUUGGUCUAUAAAGCGGACUGUGGCCGUGGGGCUCAUGCGAUAGAGUCACCAGCCACUGGAGCUUUACAGGAGAGAGUGGGAGGGGAGCCUCAGAGAGGUCACUCAGUACCCAAAGUGUGCCCAGACGGGCCCUAACUACGUGGCGUGACCUCAGGCGGAGCAAACUGAUCAAGGACACCGUGUCCCCACCCACCCUGACCGCUCCAGGGUAUGCUUAGGUGUCCGAACUCUUGUUCUCCAAAGAGAUUCAAACAGCCGCGAGACACCCCUAACGGUCUCCCGAGGCCGAGAUUGUCCGGAGCGGAAGCGGAGCCGCGCUUCCCAGGAGCGCGCCGAAGCGCACUGCGCAGCCGCGGUGGGAGGAGGCACCGGCCGCGCGGCGGGAGAAGGUGCUGGCCGAGUAGUGCACACAGCGCCGGGAAGAUGAGCACGGCAGGUGGCGGCCGUCGCCGCCAGGCGCAAGUGUCCCGCCGCAUCUCCUUCAGCGCGAGCCACCGAUUGUACAGUAAAUUUCUGAGUGAUGAAGAAAACUUGAAAUUGUUUGGGAAAUGCAGCAAUCCAAAUGGCCAUGGGCACAAUUAUAAAGUUGUGGUGACAGUACAUGGAGAGAUUGACCCUGCUACGGGAAUGGUUAUGAAUUUGGCUGAUCUCAAAAAAUAUAUGGAGGAGGCGAUUAUGCAGCCCCUUGAUCAUAAGAAUCUGGAUAUGGAUGUGCCAUACUUUGCAGAUGUGGUGAGGUACUGGGAGGAGGAGAUGAACCCUGCUCCUGUGGAGGCUGUGAGGUGUUGGUGUCGUGUAUACAUCCAAGGGAUGGCCUAAUUAUUUACAACCAGGUUCCUGAAAAUCAGCCCUGAAUCCAGCUUUCUACCUUCUCUUUUCAAUAUCAUUCAAUUAAUUGAGUCACAGAAGCAGCCUUUAAUUCAUUUAAUUCCCUUACAUUCUUCUAACUUCUGCCAUAUAUCUCGUGACCUGUGAUUUUUUCCUUUUGUACUGAUUUGAUACUAUGUAAUAGCAAUUAAAUAUCGUUACUUAUACCA